GGCCCUAACCCAAGCCCCAGUAUUAAGCUUGCCAACGGGGCAAGACUUUUCUUUAUAUGUGACAGAAAAAACAGGUAUAGCUCUAGGAGUCUUACACAGGUCCAAGGGACCAGCUUGCAACGCGUGGCAUACCUGAGUAAGGAAAUUGAUGUAGGGGCAAAGGGUUGGCCUCAUUGUUUAUGGGUAGUGGCAGCAGUAGCAGUCUUAGUAUCUGAAGGAGUUAAAAUGAUACAGGGAAGAGAUCUUACUGUGUGGACAUCUCAUGAUAUGAACAGCAUACUCACUGCUAAGGGAGACUUGUGGCUGUCAGACAACUGUUUGCUUAAAUAUCAGGCUCUAUUACUUGAAGGCCCAGUGCUGCGACUGCACACUUGUGCAACUCUUAAUCCAGCCACAUUUCUUCCAGACAAUGAAGAAAAGAUAGAACAUAACUGUCAACAAGUAAUUGCUCAAACCUAUGCCACUCAAGGGGACCUUCUAGAGGUUCCCUUGACUGAUCCCGACCUCAACUUGUAUACUGAUGGAAGCUCCUUUGUAGAAAAAGGAAUUCGAAAGGCAGGGUAUGCAGUGGUCAGUGAUAAUGGAAUACUUGAAAGUAAUCCCUUCACUCCAGGAACUAGCACUCAGCUAGCAGAACCAAUAGCCCUCACUCGGGCACUAGAAUUAGGAGAAAGAAAAAGGGUAAAUAUAUAUACAGACUUUAAGUAUGCUUACCCAGUCCUCCAUGCCCACACAGCAGUAUGGAGAGAAAGGGAAUUCCUAACUUCUGAGGGAACACCUAUCGAACAUCAGGAAGCCAUUAGGAGGUCAUUAUUGGCUGUACAGAAACCUAAAGAGGUGGCAGUCUUACACUGCUGGGGUCAUCAGAAAGGAAAGGAAAAGGAAAUAGAAAGGAACCACCAAGUGGAUAUUGAAGCCAAAGAGCUGCAAGGAUAUUGAAGCCAAAAGAGCCACAAUGUGGGACCUCCAUUAGAAAUUCUUAUAGAAGGACCCCUAGUAUGGGGUAAUCCCCUCCAGGAAACCAAGCCCCAGUACUCAGCAGAAGAAAUAGAAUGGGGAACCUCAUGAGGACAUAGUUUCCUCCCCUCAGGAUGGCUAGCCACCGAAGAAGGAAAAAUACUGUUGCCUGCAGCUAACCAAUGGAAAUUACUUAAAACCCUUAACCAGACCUUUCACUUAGGCAUUGAUAGCACCCAUCAGAUGGCCAAAUCAUUAUUUACUGGACCAGGCCUUUUCAAAACUAUCAAGCAGAUAGUCAGGGCCUGUGAAGUAUGCCAAAGAAAUAAUCCCCUGCCUUAUCACCAAGCUCCUUCAGGAGAACAAAGGACAGGCCAUUACCCAGGAGAAGAGUGGCAACUAGAUUUUACCCACAUGCCCAAAUCUCAGGGAUUUCAAUAUCUACUAGUCUGGGUAGAUACUUUCACUGGUUGGGUGGAGGCUUUUCCUUGUAAGACAGAAAGGCCCAAGAAUUAAUAAAGGCACUAAUUCGUGAAAUAAUUCCAAGAGUCAGACUUCCCCAAGGCUUACAGAGUGACAAUGGCCCUGCUUUCAAGGCCGCAGUAACCCAGGGAGUAUCCCAGGCGUUAGGCAUACAAUAUCACUUACACUGUGCCUGGAGGCCACAAUCCUCAGGAAAAGUUGAGAAAAUGAAUGAAACACUCAAAUGACGUCUAAAAAAGCUAACCCAAGAAACCCACCUUGUAUGGCCUGCUCUGUUGCCUAUAGCCUUACUAAGAAUCCAAAACUCUCCCCAAAAAGCGGAACUUAGCCCAUAUGAGAUGCUGUAUGGAUGGCCCUUCCUAACCAAUGACCUGGUGCUUGACUGAGAGACAGCCCACUUAGUUGCAGACGCCACCUCCUUAGCCAAAUAUCAACAAGUUCUUAAAACAUUACAAGGAACCUGUCCCCGAGAGGAGGGAAAGGAAUUAUUCCACCCUGGUGAUAGGUAUUGGUCAAGUCCCUUCCUUCUAAGUCCCCAUCCCUAGAUACAUCCUGAGAAGGAUCCUACCCAGUCAUUUUAUCUACCCCAACCAUGGUUAAAGUGGCUGGAGUGGAGUCUUGGAUACAUCACACUUGAGUCAAACCCUGGAUACUGCCAAAGGAACCCGAAAAUCCAGGAGACAACGCUAGCUAUUCCUGUGAACCUCUAGAGGAUCUGCGCCUGCUUUUCAAGCAACAAACAAGAGGAAAGUAACUAGAAUCAUAGAUCCCAAUGGCCCUCCCUUGUCAUAUUUUUCUUUUUACUGUUCUCUUACCCCCUUUCACACUCACUGCACCCCCUCCAUGCCAUUGUACUACCAGUAGCUCCCCUUAUGAAGAGCUUCUAUGGAGAAUGCAGCUUCCCGGAAAUAUUGAUGCCCCAUCAUAUAGGAAUUUUUCUAAAGGAAACCCCACUUUCACCGGCCACACCAAUAUGCCUCUGCACUUCAGGCCAUACAUUUCAAUCCCUGUAUCUUUAACCUCCUUGUUAAGUUUGUCUCUUCCAGAAUCAAAGGUGUAAAACUACAAAUGGUUCCUCAAAUGGAGCCCCAGAUGCAAUCCAUGACUAAGAUCUACCGCGGACCCCUGGAGUGGCCUGCUAGCCCAUGCUGCAAUGUUGAUGACAUCGAAGGCACCCCUCUGGAGGAAGUCUCAACUGCACGACCCCUACUGUGCCCCAAUUCAGCAGGAAGCAGUUACAGCGAUCAUCAGCCAAACUCCCCAACAGCACUUGGGUUUUCCUUUUGAGAGGGGACACUGAGAGACGACUAGCUGGAUUUCCUAGGCCAACUAAUAAUUUCUAAGCCUAGCUGGAGAGGGUGACGACACCUACCUUUAAACAUAGGCUUGGCUUGUAACUCAGCUCAAACCUGACCAAUCAGGUAGUAAAGAAGGCUCACUAAAAUACAAAUCAGGCUAAA